AAAGAUCCAUUCACCGUCUCAAACUCGAACGCAAAACUCGUUUCUGCUUCAAAGUCUUCGAACAUCAAAAAUAUCGAAUAAAUAAAUAAAAAUAUACAAACUUAUGUGUAUCGAAAGUUGACAGUAGUUGACCUAAGAUUUGGACAAGGUGCGCAGGAGUAGGGGGACGUUUUGUGUUCCCAGUGGUCGGACGCGAUUCGUGCGGAUUACGCGUGUCGUCACGCACCGAAAAAUCAAGUGCAUAGUGGUCGUUGUGGAACCUUGUGUAUGUUAAAAUAAAUAGUGUUAAAAUUAACAAGUUCUUUGUGGUAUACGAGUGCAAAAAUAACUGUUCGUGAAAUUUCACUUUUAACACGAUUGGAUUUUUUCCGGUGAUAGUUACCGACAUGUUUCUGUGGAGUCUAUUUAUUAUAUCCCGAUAAAUGUACACAAGAAAACCAAAGCUAGAACAAAAGUGAUGAAGUAUUGGAGAAGCCACAAACAUGGAUACUAUAGGAGCAUCAACAACUAGCAGAACAAAAUGGAGGCUAAACACCUUAGUAACUUUAUACAUACUCCUUUUCACACAAUGCAAAGGAGACACGAGUCAAGAUAUAACCAAAACAGAUGUAAAAUUAGAUAAUAAUUUAGAUUCUAUCUCCUGCCAUAGCUGUUAUAGUAAUAGUGCUACAGAAUCCCAUGUAGAAAAAUAUGUAGAUGUUGUGGAUGAUAUCGUGGGGCAAUUGAACACAUUCACUGAUAAACAUUUAAAUUUAAAUAAGACAGUAGUAUAUUUGGAAAACGCUGUCGAGGAAAUGCUUGAUAAAGCACUAAGUAAUGAUAGAUUUAAGAUACUUGAUGGAGUUGAAGUGAAGCCUGUAGGUGGUAAUGGAACUAAAAUUGAGAAGAAGAGUGAUGAAGCUAGAGCAUUGUUCAGUAAAUAUACUUAUGAGUAUAGAAUUUAUCAGAAGAUAAAGGAUUUUGUUAAUACGCAUAUUCUUUCUAUCAACCUGCCGAUGGCUGCUAAAUCAUUCGGGCUCAACAAAUUCUUCAUACCGAUCCUAAUAGGAGGACAAGUGUUAAUAAAAACGAUACUGUUUGCAAUGUUCCUGCCUAGCAUAUUGGGGAGCUUCGGGAAGAUGCUGAGCAAAGGUCUCUCCACAAUAUCAGCAUCGUCUUCCCAAGCCAGUUAUCCGCCUGCUAACGUGGAUGAUCAGGUGGGAUACAACUCGGACAACAAGGACUUCAUGGGAUACGAGACUAGCCAGACUGGAACCUAUGCCUAUCCUCAGGAUGGCAUGUAUGGAGCUGAUGCUAAUGACGUCAAUGAUCUGGGAAAUGUUGAUAUGUCGAGGUUUGGAGUGGACGGACAAAAAACAGGAUUCCUACCUUCAAAGAACAGUUAUUACAAGAAUCAAAUGAAUACGGCUAAUAAUUAUAAGGUGUUCCAAAAGAUCCCAGCCUCCUCCAUGAUCCUGAGUAACUACGACCCGUUCUACUCCCCCCUGCUAUCACGACUCGACGGCAUAUUCGCACGACUUGGAUUGGCACCAGCAGAGAAUUCAGUGGAUGAAAACAUCGAGGCUUGCAGAGAACAGCUGAUCUGUUUGAUGUACGCCAGCCCAGCCAAGUUCGCGCCCUACAGUAACCUGGUUUCUGCUCAGCUCAGCAGAGAACUGAACGAGCUCCGAAGGCCAGUUUCCGACAAUCCUGAGAUUCUGCGGUUCUUUAAAUACAUGAAGGCAGCGAGACGGGGGCAGGAGACCUCUGACUGCAUGUACGCCUACCCGACGUGCACUGCCAACGCUCCAAAGACGCAUACAAUGAUAGCAGCCUACCACGACAUCAAUAAAUUAGUCACUGCUAGGAAACUACAAAAGUAAACUAAACAUACCAUACUCUGAGUUCAAGUUUUUUUUACGUUAACAUAAUCGUUAAAGAUGUCCAGUUCUCUGAUUGGCUUGCUCCUAAUUAACCAACCAAUCAGAGGGCUGAACGCAGUAACGUGUCGAUCGCGUUAACGUAAAAUAAACUUGCACUAAGCACCCUGAAUAAAAAACAACCAAUCAAAAUCGAUUAAUUGUUUAUUAUGUCAUAUUAGUUUUGAUUGAAAUCGAGUGAAGAUUUUUGAAACGAAAUUCUUUAUUAAUGUCGGUUUAUUUUCAGUGACUCUUAUGUCGGAGUGUGUUAACAAAAUGCAGGACAUUUAAUGUGAACUAUACGUCUGACAGGCGUAUAGGAACUAUUGUAAAACGUGUUAUACGUCUGGCAGGCGUACUAUUGUAAAACGUGUUUAAACUAGGAAUUUAUAAUUAUGAUGCGAUUAGCCAUGUUUGUAUUAUUUGUAAAAAAUGUAAACCUAUUAUUUAUUGUUUUAUUUAUAAGUCUUGAUUGUCAUAUAGAAAAGGUUUUAGGUAUGGAAUGAGUUUUCUUAUGAGAGACAUAAUUAGCUUAUUAAUUAUAGGUACUCAAAUAACUAAAUAGACUUAAAAAAACACGAUUUACUCACGAAUAUUAAUAGAGAAAAGCUAGUUUCGUGUCACAGGAAGACUCUUCAUCAACGACAAAUGCAGCGACGUUAUGUAGUAGAGCUUGUCUCAAUUAACGUACGUGAGCACAUCGUGAUUUU